AUGUCGUUAUCAUUGGAGAUUCGCGAAAAGUACACCGCGAUUAUCGAUGAUAUCUUGGCUAAAAGUGACCUCACCACCAUCUCGGAGAAGCGGAUUCGCAAAGGUCUCCAGGAUGCCGUCGGGCACGAUCUCACGCCGCAAAAGGCUUCAAUCAAACAGUUGAUCAUGGAACGUUUCGACCACUAUGCCGAGCAGAAUGGCGUUGGUGAUUCACCCGAGGAGAAUGCUACAAGCAAUGGCCAGCGCGAUUCUGCUUCAGCCUCGGCUGCAGUGCCAUCUCCACCUCCUUCUUCGUCCCCUGUCAAACGCCAUACCACCGGCGACGGCGCCUUCGAUCCCCCGAGCGCAUCGCCGCCUGCUAAGAAACGGAAGCCAGAUGAUGAUGUCGAUGCGGAUGCGGUCUUCGCCGCGAAGUUACAGGCCGAGGAAAAUUCACGCGCUCGACCCACUCGGGGAGGUAACACCCGUCGUGCGGCUCCUUCUAAGAAAAAGAGCAAGGCCAAGACCACAAAGAGGGUGAAGGCUUCUGAUGACUCGGAUAUCGGUUCUGGCGACGAGCCCAAGAAAGAAGUGAACCGAAAUACCGGCUUCCACAAACCGCUGAACCUUUCCGAGCCUUUAUCCGCACUUCUGGGAGAAGUCACACUCUCGCGACCGCAAACUGUCAAGAAGGUAUGGCAGUACAUACGUGAGAACGAGCUUCAGGACCCGAGCGAUCGUCGCCAAAUCCGAUGCGACGAUGCCAUGCGUGCUGUCUUCAAGCAAGACCGCGUUCACAUGUUCACCAUGACGAAAAUCCUCAACCAGAAUCUCUACAAUCCCGAUGAAUAG